UCGUGCAAGUUGACGCCAUAUUUGUUCCGUUUCUGAAUCGAACUCUAUCGAAAGUGAAACUGGUUGUGCUAAUGUGCUUGAAAAUGAACUGGACAGUAUGGAAGGGACAGAAGCAAUGAAAUUUCAUAAUGAUUCCACUAAAGAAGAAGGCGAGUUGUCGGACGACGAUGACCUCGUGGAAACGAGCAAAAGCUUAUCGAGUGUUGACCAUAAUAGGCCCUCUCUCAGUAAUCGGGGAGAUGGCGAUAGAAACGUUUAUAGAAAGUCUAAUAAUGAAAAUUUUAACACAAGAGAGACUAAUAAUGUUGAUAGAUUUCCCGCCAAUUCAUAUGGGGGGAAAGUAUACCGACCUAUGUAUAAUACCGACUGGAAGGAGAAGGGAGUACACAUAAGGCCUAAUUCUAAUCCUGGAGCUCGUGGGUCUGUCCAGGUGUUCGACUACAGUCAUGGGAUGCCUCCUGUAUCUAACCUACCUCACUAUGACAGAAUUCAUCCCGGGGGUAACCACGUGACUAGAUACCCACCACCCCCUCCUCCUGGCCCUCCUCCACUGACAGCUCGAAAGAUGCCUACGCCAAUACGAGGGAGAGGAAUGCGGGAGUGGUGUAACGACAAUAGGGUUGAACCAAGACCCAGGGAUCAUGACACACCUAUACCACAUGCUUCACCGGGAUUCUGGGACAAAAGGAAAUUAAAGACAUCACGUCAGAAUGUGAAGAAAAGUGAGGAAUCAAAAAAAGAUGAGUAUGAUGAUUUGUUAGAAAGUUAUAAAAUUCAACAGAAGAAUAUCCGUGACCAAUUGGCAAAAUAUGAUAAACCUCCAGUUAAAAAGUCUGAGUUUCCAAAGGAUGAAAAAAGACAACCUUCUACAACUACCAAGGAGUUGGUCCCUAUUGUAGCAGAAAAAUCAACAACAGAUUUAACAGAAAAGUUUGAGCAGACUGCGGAAGGUAAGAAGGCUGGACAAGUGCCUGAUGGAGAAAUAAAUAGCUCGAUGCCAGGAAAGGCAGAGACAAACAGUAAAUCAACACCUAUAGAUAUAGACAAACCAAACAAACAUGAAACAGCUGCUGUUCAACCUGAAAAAGAUGCUGACAAACCAACCCAAAAUGGUGAGGGAAAAAAUGAUGAUGACUUGGAUGUCGACUUAGAUGAGCUCAUGUUGCGACGGAUGGCUUUAGAGUCAUCAUUGAAAAAAGAAGGAGAUUUAGAAGAGAAAAAACCAGUUUCUAAAGCAAGCAAGUCUCCAUCAUCAUCAAAAUCUCCUUCAUCAAAAUCUUCACCUUCAAAAUCCUCACCAAGAAAAAGUAGACGUCGCUCCAAAACUAAUCUCACACGCAAGGGAGACGGCCGAAGUAUUAGUAAUGAAAAAAAAAAAGAAGACUAUAGAAAUCGCCCCGCCACAAGUGUGAGGGCCAGACCCAUGACUGGCAGAGUCAGCUCUAGUUACAGCCAGUCAAGGUCAAGGCCACACGAACCUAGUAGUGAUAGUAAUCGGAAACAGGAACUCCAACGAAGACGGAGAGAGGAAGAAAAACGGCAACAGGAAGAGGAACGACGAAAGACAGAACGUCAACGUGAAGAUCAGACACGAGAAAUUCAGAGAAUAUUAACACUUGAUGAUGCUUCAGAACAAGUUUCCAGAUUUUUAUCUCUUCUUGCAGAUAAAAGAUAUCCAAACAAGUCUAGUAAACAAUCUCCAACAGCUGUUAAAAGCACCAAGUCUCCCACAGACAAGAAAGGCACACCACAUGUCCACCCUUCAGCGAAACCUACCCUACAGGACAACUAUGAGGAGGUGGCCAUGGAUAUCGACAGUGACCCUGGGUCUCCAGCUAUAUCUACGGACCCUGUAACAGGCUAUGAAGACUACCCACUGGUCCCUGAUACCGAUAUAAUACCACAGACAACACAGUAUAUGGCACAACCCCUUGACAUGCAAAGUAAUCUGUUACUGGACACAGAAAACAUCUGGGAUUUAGCAUUAGGCUGUCCUGUAGUGAUGCCCUACCCUGCCACUGAUCCUGUGAUGCCUUACUCCUUAUUGCCUCCUCCUCCCCCUCCACCCUUACCUUCAGAGGAGGUAGCCCCACCUCCUCCCCUGCCAGAGGAACCACCACCCCUACCACUGGAACCUCCACCUGAUAUGGCUCCUCCUCCUCCCCCAAAACAUAUGCCAGAGGAUGAAGACGAGGAAAUCUUUGGAGAUGAAGCAGCCAUGCUGAGGGCAGAGCUUUUAAGGUCAAUGGCCAUCAAAAAGAAGGAACAGCAGCAGAGAGACAGAAUAAAACAGGAGAUUAAAUCUGAGGAAGUUUCUCCUGUAUCCUCACGUAGUAUAUCUCCUGCCCCUCUCACAAAAUCAGCCUCCGACUCUGUACAGAAUACACAGGUCACUAGAGCAUUAUUGACAGCGAAAAAGAGGAAGAAGCAAGCAGAGUUAGUAACUAUGGCUCAUGUCCCUAUACAGGCUCCUGUGGUUAUUAAUUUAAAUGAGGAUUCCACGGAUGAGGAAGACGAUGUGCCAGCACCAGUUACUGCAGUACAGAGUCUUCUAGGGGGGCUGGAUUCAUUCCUUAAUGAGGCUAGGAUGUCUGUAGAUAGUAAUCAAAGCAGUGAAGGUCACGUAAAAGAGGAAGAUAUUCAAAAGGAAAUCAGGAAAUACGAGGAAGAGAUGAACAAACAGAGGAUCAGUAUCCUACAGGACCAGGCUAUCUUUAAGGGGUUGUUAAGUAAAGCAUCAAAGUACCACAAGAGCGCAAAACAGGCCCAGGAUAACAUCCUCAAACUGAAGGAACAACUUGUAGCUGCAGAAAAAGUGGCUAAUGCUCACAGAGAACAGUUUGAAAAAGUCCGUAAACAUGCACGUGCAUUCAGGGCUAAUAUCUACAAGAAGCAGGAGGCGUUUAAACAACUAGAACAGAAGACAUUACACAUCGGCCAGACACUUUAUGGGACGUCGUAUAAACCCCGCACUGUGGUGGCUGUGAAAGCUUCGGAGAAAAACAAGCUGGAAAACAUCUCUGUCACUCUAGUUAAUGAGAAAGCAGCGAAGAAGUCUUUGAAGGGUAAAGAAAACAAAAAUAUUCCCGUAGAAAGUGUUGAUAAAGAAAAGGAGAAAUUACAACAAUUAGCAGAUGAAUAUGCAAAGAAAAUACAAAUGUUGAAACAAGCUCAGGCAAAGAAAAAGGCAGAGACUGAAGCCGCUAGAAAAGUGGCUACUGCAGCCCAGGACCAAGUGAAAAGUGCAAUUCCACGAAUAGAGAAGAUAGAAAUAGACAUCACCGAAAGUACGUCUGAAAGUGAAGCCGAGGAAAGACCUAAUAAACGACGUCGGUCAUUGAUGGAACUAAAUACAAGUACAAAACCAAAUUUGUCGCCCCAGAACAGUGAUGGUCAAAGAAAAUUAUCCCAGAGUGACCUUGAGGUCAAGUCAUCCAACAUUAUCUGUGAUAACAAAGCAAAAGUCUUCCCUCUACCUGGUGCUCAGCGGGUCAAACGACUCACCAAACUACUGGAGGACCGUUUCCAAACCCUGCUCUCUGUCAAAAACCAGAUCUCACUGCAGUCUUCACUGGUGUUGCACUCGAUCUUACUGCCACACUGUCAACAGAUUCCUUCCUUCCAAGAGCCAAAACGUGAUACAAGAACCAAAGUCAGCCACAUACCAAUGGAGUCAUCUCCUCUCGUUUAUAGAAGUCCCCUUCUACACUUCAGAUCAUACAGAUUCAGUCCAUAUUAUCGGACAAGAGCCAACCUCACCUUGUCUUCCUCUACAUUUUCCAACAAAAUCAAUCCUAAGAAAGUUUUAUGCAAAUAUGAUCUCCAAGGAACAUGUCACGAUGAAGAAUGUGCAGGACUACACAGUGGUGAAAUUAAGAUGUCGGAGGCAGAGGUGCUACAGGAUAUAGUCUCAUAUCAUCCAGCUGUCGCGGGAAUCAGUUCAAAUACACCAACCCACAACUACCCACAGAUCUUAGGGAAGUUUGUGAGUAACACAAUGAAACAGCACCAGGGGAAACUGACCAGUGACCAGCUGAUGGUCCUAAUGGUCAGUCAGGUGUCAGAGAAAAGUGGCCAUGCAAAACCCCACAAUCUCUUCCUGGAGCCCCGGAAGUGGAAACAACUGUGUGAAGGCAGAACAGAUGUCAUCAAAGACUUCACUUCAGAUAACACAUUUGACAGUAUAGAAUGGCAGCGUCCAAUUGACAGACAGGAAUUGGAAAAUGUGAUAGGUGAUCAGGACCUUCGCUAUUUUGUGUCCGACUCGUCCAACAUCCAGGAUAUGGAGUCUGCUGUACUAGAUAAUCCACACAACGUCCAGGUCUGGCUCAAACUGGCUCAUAAAAAUCUCUACAAUCCUAACAGUGGGAAUGAGACCUGUCUGGAUCACGCCCUCAAUGUAUUAGCACGAGGCCUGGAGGAGAACAAGGACAGCGCCGACCUUUGGCAAAGUUACCUCAGUCUUUAUGCCAAACACAAGGAGUCUAGUGACUUACAACAACUGUGUGAAACGGCUCUGGAAUACACACAGAGCUACACCCUCUGGUGGCAGUACCUGAAUGUGUGUACGUCGUGCCAGCAGAAACAGGAGGUAUGUGACCAGAUGUUGGAGUAUGUAAGACUAGCCGAGGACCACUUCCCUCAGGAUGUACGCUCACACUGGGUCCUAGAAGUCAUCCUCUACAAAACAUCACUUUACGUGUGGACUGGCAAGUUCAAGGCUGCCAUCAAACAGAUGCAGAGUGUGCUCAAGACAGAAGAGAAGUUAAGAUGGAUAAAUAAGUGCCUUGUCAACAAUGACCAGUGUCUACUUUGGGUGUCUUAUGUCCACCUCAAGGAGAUGAAAGUUCUCCCUCCUCAACUGUAUGACCCCCUCAACCAGAUGUCUGGGCGUAUAGUCAAUAAGACUGACAUUAUGAUAGAGUGGACCAGUAAGGAGAGCUUGACCACUGCAGUGACCAUUCUGAUUGACCUGCUACAAAAAGCCAUCACCUGCUGUGUGGGUCGUAUUGAGGUCAACAAUCCUCUGGUUGCUCAGGGAGGCAUCCUCUAUCUCAACCUCUUCAACCUCCUUAAGUGCCAGGAAAGAUAUGAAGAGGCUGCUGACCUGUGUCGCCCAAUACUGGAGGCCAAGCCGACCAUGGUAGAAGUCUGGCUCUGUGUGGCUGAGCUCUAUGCCCUAUAUGAUGAUGAACAGACUCGACAGGUGUUUGCGGAUGCCCUCGCAGCUAACGAGUUCUGUGCCAAAUUGUAUCACUAUGCAGCCAACUUUGAACUUUCUCAGAGUGAGGAGGAUAAAGCACUUGUGUGUCUGGAGCAAAGUAUUAUCAGUUACUAUGAUGUGUCCAACAUGGAGACGCGAUUUGUCGACCCCAACCAGCUGUUCUGCAUACUUUUAGAUGAAGCAGUUCCGUUGAACUUCCAACCUCCCCCAUAUAAAGAGGGUGUGACAGAAGAGGUGAUAAAAGCCGAUCUGCCCUACCUGUGGCUUAAUUACUGCAUACUGUUGGAGCUGCAGGGGGAUGAUGUGCAGGCAGUGGAAGCCUAUGAAACAGCUCUCAGUACUCUGUCCAAUGUAACGGACAUCACCCGUGUGUGGUCAAGUUAUAUCGGCUUUCAAAAUCGUAGGCUGAAACUGCAGAGUACUGUCAGCCCAGACAUGGCCCGAAGUUUCUACGACCUAGUUCGGCGGUCAGUGAGCUGCAUCCCAACCAAGUAUGAGGUGCCUUACAGUGAAGGGGUGUACUGGUUUAAUUAUCGCCACGUCAACACGGUGAUCCAGCAGUACAUGGCAUGUCUGACUCCUACCCAGGAGAUGUCUAGCUACACCCUGUUUGUCUCCCUGCUCCCUGACAACAUGGAUCUCCUCCUUCAGGUCUGCGGUCAUGCUGUCCACCAGAACGACCAUCAGACGGCCCGAGGUCUGUGUACCACUGCCAGCUUUUCUAACACCCCAAACCUACAGCUCUGGAACACAUUGAUAUCUCUGACCAGUCAAUUAGAAGGAAAGAGGGAGGUCCGUCAGAUAUUCCACAAAGCUGUUCAAGCGCUGCCUUACUCAGCCUCACUAUGGAAAGAUUUCCUGCUGUUUGAGGUCACCCAGAGGUCAUCAGAAGUUUUGCCAAAAAUUCUACAGAAGUGUCACGACCUAGGAAUUCCCAUACAAGAAUAUGCUGAUUUCCUCACCAAACCUUCCUAAAUAACAAACCAGUAAACACCUCCUAGGUGGUCUCUCUUGUGCCAAUUAAGAUAUCAAUUUCUCUAUAGCCUUCAUUAAGUGCAAUAGAUAUCUAAACAAUUAAAUGUUUUUCAAGUGAUAUAUCAAUUACCCAAUGGACUGUGAUUAUGAUCUGACAAUCAGGAGGACGCUGACUACUACAGUUAUUCCGCCUGUGGUUGGGAAGGUCUCGUAAGUAUACUUCACUUUCAGCCCUCAAUAUGGUCACACAAACAUUUGUUAUGUAUUAAAUGUUGUAUGACACAAUAUUGUCACAAUUUAGUAGUUAAGUGAUCCUUUUGAUAUUUCUAGGACAUAUUUAGGGCUGUACCUUACUUUGUGUUGUAACGUCUAUGUUGGUGUGAGUGUGUGAGAAUUAACCACCAUUGAUCCACAGCCAACAGACUGACAACCACGCCUGUUCGCCACUCAAACCAAAUUCACGGUAUAACCUGGAGAUGAUGGAAGCACACUUUUAUUGUUUUAUAAGACUCUGUGAGAUAAGGAAGUCACUAAUUAUUUUAUCAUGGAUGUCGUGAGAGCUAGAUCAAUGAUUUAACUGAAGAAUCCAAGAGAUGCCUUUUACUGGGAUGCAGAUGAAGGUCAAGGUCACUAUAUGUGUGUCACAAGACCUCAAGGUCACCUGCUAGAGAUAUGUACAUAUCCUAUUCAUGUUUCGCAUAAUCAACUGUUUAUGAAACAACACAUUCCAUGAUCCGUGUCACAAGAUGUCAAGUUAACCUGCCAGAGAUGUGUUUAUGUGUGUGUAUUCUAUACAUGUCGCGCAGGAUCGCCCGUGUUGGAACAAAAAUGUCAUCCAGUAGCCAUGGAUAACAGGGAAAUGAUCAUAUGGAUACUCACAAGAAAUAUGCAAGAAAUGUUACUGUUUUCAUGAACUUUUGUUAUAUAAGUGGUUGUUUCACGUUUAAAGACCAUAUUCAGAGUUGUAUGCUUACUGCCCAAAGAUUCAACAGUCUAUAUACAGUUUGGGAAUUGACCCAGUCAACAUGUAGUCUCGAUCGACUUUUCAAAAUUCAUUUCAAAUAAAAUGAAAUUUAAAGCAUAUUAACUUUUAAUAUGGCCUUAUUGAAUGUGCAAGUUACUUCAAGUUUAAUUUAAUAUUUUUGUCUGGUCCUCAUAUCUCCCACACAACAGUAAUCCAUUGAUUCUGUACACAGGAUCACCUAUUUGUGGCCAUUUAUAGACAGCAGUUUGAAAGUAAAUACACAAAUUAUUUAUAUUAUUUUCUGUCUUGAAGCUUGAAAUAACUUGUUUCAGUGAAUUCCAUGCACUUGUCAAUCUAGUAAGAAAACAGCAUAAAAGUUUUAAUGUUAAGUAAACAAAAAACCAAGCAAAUUAGGACCAAAACUGUUUAUGGGUGAGGGGGCCCUCGGUUUAAAUUGAUAUACAAUGUAUAAGCUGUAUGUCAUCAAUUGUUGGGUUAUAACUUAUAUUGGUAUAUUUACAUGUCAAAUUUUAUGUUUAUGUAGUUGUUUAUGAUAUAAUAUUAUAUUAAUGAUAAAUCAACUGAUAAUGUAUACAAUUAUCUAAAUCCCAUGUUUGUACAUGUAUUUACAAAACCUGUCCCCAAACGUUUGUAAUACAAAAUGCUGUUUUCAUGGUUGUAUUAAAUGUGUUAUAAUGUUGAUGAUUCUUAAAUAAAUCAUUAAAUUUAGCA